CCUCAUCCUCAUCCUCCCACUUCACCUCCCUCCUCUUUCUCUCUCCAGCACCAAAUCUCUCCCCCAUCAUCUCCUUUAGGUUGAAAGCACUCAAGCUUCAAUACUCCCGUCAAAAUGGAUCAGGCAAAGUUGGCUAGAAUGCAGCAGAGCGUGCGGAUUGGAGGCAAGGGUACUCCCCGCCGCAAGGUCAAGAAGGUCCACAAGUCCUCCGGUGCCGACGACAAGAAGCUCCAGGCCACCCUGAAGAAGAUGAACGUCCAGCCCAUCCAGGCCAUCGAGGAGGUUAACAUGUUCAAGGAGGACGGAAACGUCAUCCACUUUGGUGCUCCUAAGGUCCACGCCUCCGUCCCCUCCAACACCUUCGCCCUCUACGGCAACGGCGAGGAGAAGGAGCUCACCGAGCUCGUCCCCGGUAUCCUGAACCAGCUUGGCCCCGACAGCCUUGCUUCCCUCCGCAAGCUCGCCGAGAGCUACCAGAACAUGCAGAAGAACCAGGCCGGCGCUGACGGCAAGAAGGACGAUGAGGAGGAUGAUAUCCCCGAUCUCGUCGAGGGCGAGAACUUCGAGAGCAACGUUGAGUAAAUUUAAAAAAUACCUUUACCAGCUUGAAUUAUUUGAGGAAUUGAUAUCAUCUUCGUUGCCUUGCCAACUUUCAAAUAUAUGUGUUGAUGAAUUGAGUGUGUGUGUCUGUGGGAAUAUUGUAUUACCCAGUUCUCUGAAAUGGAUGAUUCCAAUCAUUAAAAAGAAGGAAAAUGAGGCUUGUGUGUGCUGCUCUUUUUGCCUUGUGGGUGUGCGCGCUGAGCGGAUUCGUUCUCUUUUUCCUGCAUAUGAUAUUAUGCUUGGAGCUUGGAGCUGGAGCUGGAGCUUGAGUUCACGAUUGUUGGUUGGGAAGAAGUCAGCUUUUCUUAUAAUGGAAAGGAUCAUACUAUUUUCA